AUGGGUUGCGGUUCAUCAAAGGACGGAAAAUAACCAGGUACCGUCAAGAAAAUUGGUUCACCAAGUAAACAAGGUUCAUCACCAUCAAGAUAAGAGUCUCCAUCAAAGGCAGGAUCUAAAUCGAUCAAAUAAGUAAGCGAAUCCGAAUUGCAAAAGCAUAAAGUUGGAGACAUAUUAGGAUUUGUUAAGAGUGGAAACAUUGCUAUGGUCCAUGGCCUUAUAGGAUACUAUAAACUAGAUUAAGCAGUCAUUCUCUUACGAGAUUUUAAGGAAGAACACAAAUUAAGCAAUACUGAGAAAAUUCCUAUGAAUGAUUGGAAUCCAUUAUUGAUUGCUAUUGCUAAUAAAAAGCUUGAGAUUGUCAGAUAUUUCACUCAAAAUUUGAAUUUAUCUGUUAAGCAAUGGACAAUGAACCCAGUAGUCCAAUAAGAGGAACUCUAUAUUGACUAAUAGAUCUUUGGUCUUACUCUUACUAUUGGAAAUAAAGAUUUACCAAUGUUCAAGGAAUUAUGGAACAUUCAUUACACUGUUUGGGAAGAUGUUCAUGUCUUACCUGUACUCUAGGCUUUGAUUAGUGCUAAGUGGGUAGAUGGAAUCAAAGCUUUCUUCUCAUCAUACACUACUGAUAUCCUCUACAGUUCACAAUCACAAGAUUCUUAGAUAGAGUUUUUAAGAGAAAUUUUGAAAGUCAGAAAGUCUUCAUCUAAUGACAUUCACAAAGUUCUUGAUGAACUACUUAACAAGAAUCCAUAUCUAUUGGCCCUUGUUUAUAUUGCUCUCACUGAUUCCGCUGAGGAAUGCUUAACUAAGGCAGAGUAAAAAGUAGUUAUUGAAAAGAACUAUCAGAAUAUUCAGGAGUUUUCCUACGCUCAUCUAAAGUUCACUUAGCCACAAGUUGAGUAGGUAUUAAAUGAUUACGAAGCCAGAGGAGAAGUUGAGAAGGCGACAGUUGCUAAAUUGAAAGAGCAUUUGGCAAGCUUAGAUGAGAAAUUGGCUUAAAAUGAUUCUUUUAGUAGUCUAGAUUAGUUCUAAGCAUACAACUAAGCAUUCUUUGAGGCUGUAAUUACUCAAGAUCUUGAGAAAGUUAGAGAGUUUGCUGGCUAAUUAGGAUUAAGAUAAGUACCUUACACUGAUGGAGAAAAUUCAAGCUCAGGACUGUAUGAAAUUUAUAGUAUCAAUUAUCAAACCUACUGGCCUGUAACCUUAAGCAUUCUUUUCAAAGACGAUAUCCACAUUCAAGAAAUAUAUGGGUAUCUAAUUAGUAAUGGAUUCAACAUCAGAUAGGUUCUUAGUUAGACAUCAAGAAGAGGAGUAUUAGAUGCAAGAGAAAUAAUAAGCGUUCCUCAAGCUCUUGGAGUUUCCUUACUUCUUAGUGCUGAGACUGGAAAAGAAAAUUUACUUCAAUAUUUACUCUCAACUGAAUUUAUUAAUGUGUUUGAUGUUCAACACUUCAAGAUUUUGGUAUAUGCAGUUUUGAGAUUCAAUGGCCCAAUGAUGAGGACUGUUCUCACUAGUCCAGUUGGAACAAACUCAUUCUUGCAAAUGACUACUUCAUAAAGAUUUGAAUUUGUUGAAAACGUAUAUAGAGGUUCUUUCCAGUCAAGUGAUGCACUAGAAGCUCUUGCUUCAAAGUACUAUGCUCCAUAUCUCUUGCUUAUCCUUACAGAAAGAGAUUACUUCAUGAAACUGACUGAUUUUACUUUAUACAAUCAAGCCAUAGAUAAUUUAUCAAUUUUGGAGCUUGAAUAAUUAGCUAAGUCUAGUGAUUAUGAUGAAAGAUUCCUUGCUUUCUUCAGAUACAUUGACAUCUUGGAUGUAACAGAUCCAAAAAAGACCAAUGGUCAAAGAUUGAUUUAGUUAAUUCAAGAAAAUCAAAAGUUUAGAGCUUUCUUAGAUUAAACACUUAAAAUUCUUGAAAAUGACUCUAUAGUUCAGGAUGAACCAGAAGAAGAAAUCACAAGAAAAGUCUAAAAUCCAUCAAUUAAUAAGCACUCUGAGAAAACUUAAAUCAAAGACAUAAAUAUUGAUAACCUCUUGAAUUGUAUUACCUCAAACGAUUCACAAGGUGCUAUAAAUUUCUUGUCAACCUACAGACUUUCAGAUCUUCAAUUCUUCAAGGGAUCAGCUCAGGUUAGCUUGAGCAUUUAUAAGUUGCAUGAAAAUUAAAGAGAUUUUAUUGAAACCAAUGUGGCUCAUUCAUCUUUGAACAUACUUCAAAUAGCUUGUGCUUACAACCAAUUAAAUCUUGUAAGCUACAUUCUACAUUAGCACAAGACAUUCUAACACUCACACAGACAGUUGAAAGAAACUGAUCCAAGAUUGAUUAUUCAGAACUAUGAAGAUUCUGAUGAAACUUUGACUUUGAGAUUAGCUCUUUAAUAUGGAUCUCAAUUCAUAUUCCAGCACUUGUGGUAGAAUUUCGGCUAUCUUUUUACUGAAAGACAUCUCCUUGUUGUUGCUAGAUUUAUGAAAUUCUUGAAUUUAGAUCACAAAUUCAGAGAUUUCCUCUAUUCUUCUACUACUGAUGAGAUUUUUAAGAACUCACCUUAAUCAAUCAAAUAUGAUUUCGUUCAAAUCUUUAAUAACAUUGAUGCUUCUUACCAAGAAGAAGUUAACCUUAUUCUUCAAACCAACUAUAAUAAUUUUGACAGAGGUGUCAAUGAUGACAUCCUCUUACAAAUAUACAACGUAGUUAGAGAUAACGAAGUUGAACAACUUGAGCAAAUAGUCAAUAACUACCAAAUUAGUGGCAUUGCUCAACUUCAUUUUGAUUUCUUCUAGGAAGAUGAAGAAGUUUUGAAUCUUGCAGAUGAUCAAAAGAUUACUGUUUCAUUCCUGAACCCCAUUCUACUUUCAGUCAAGUCCAAGAGCUUUUCAAGCUUAAAGUUUUUGGUUGAGAGAUUCGGCAUAAGAAGAUCAAUGAGAAAUAUUGACCUAGUCUUCAGACACGAGACUCUAGGGGAAUAUGGAUUCAAGAACCUUUUAUUGCCAAUUCUCCUUAAAAUUAAGGACACAGAUGCCUUAUCUUACCUUACCAACAAGGCUAGAGAUUUAGUUUUAUCCUCAUAAGAUUUGACUUCAUUCAUAAGUCUUUCACUCUAAGAAAGAUGGCUAGCUGGACUGAAGACUUUCUUGAUUUCAGAUACUGCUCUUUUCUAUUUCUAAGCACUUAGCUUUGAUGAGCAAAGACUAUUCGUUGAGAGAGUAGUUAAGUUCAUCUCAGAUCUAGAGGACCCUACUCAAAAAAGAUAAUUUGUAGCAAACAUCAUCGAAGAAUGCCUCACAAGAAGACCUUACUCAAAGCACUUGGUUUGUGUUCUAAUUGAAGGUGGCCUUAAAGCAGAGAAUUCCCUUCCAAAACUUGCAAGAGAAUGUCUCAAGAAUCUUACAAGUGAGGAUCUUAUGUAAUUGGCUAACAGCGACCAUCAUGCCUUAGCUGAGUAUGAAAGAAGAUUCAAUGAUAUCAAGGGUGACAAAUUUGAAAAUGAAAUUGCAAAGAUCUUACUCAGAUACGCCAACGAGGGAAGACCAGAUCAUUUCGCUCCCCAGUAUGUCGAGAGCAGAAAGCAAGUCAGAUUCGAGGAAGCACAUGAUAAUGGUAGUGUACAAGAAAACAGAAUUUGA